GUGGUGACAAUUACGUCAUCCAGCAAGAACCACCUCAGUUUUGUUGGAGAUAGAACAGCUAGCCCCGCCUACUCGAUACACUAUCACUGGAACUACUUUUUUUUUACUCAACUGAAAAUAUAUCUUGCGAAUACUAGUAUAUAGUGAACGAUUCAAGGUAGCUGUCUGAAGUAAUAAUAUAUCGGCAGUCGAUCACGAACCAGCUUGUUGCAGUAUAUGAGCCGUAAAGAUGAUACCAAGGGAAGCUUAUCUCGUCAUACUUGCGCUUGUUUUGAGGGUACAAGGAGAUGUGUAUCUUCAUAGUCCUCGAGGUUCUAAUAACAGACUCAAUGAGCAAUCAGCAAAUAGACAGAAUGCUAACAGAGCCUUUGAUUCACAGAACAACAACAGAGGAGGGUACAAUGUUGGUGAAAUAAAUGCUCAAGGAAACACUCAAGAACAAAACCAAUAUAGAAUGCAAUAUUUUGCAAGUGCUAACUAUGAGACGAUGGAGAAUGAUGCAGGGAAGAGUUUCUAUACCUUAGAAUGGACCAAUCAACAUGGUUGUGGUGGAUCAGAAGACACAGACCCUCAUAAAUUAAAUUGUAACAUUGUCAUCCAGUACAUGUGCCAACCAGAUGCAAAUACACCACAAGGAGAUGAUGACACUAUUAGGAAUGGCGAGAAUACAAACACUCAGAACCACCAGCCAAGAAACAAUGCAAAUGAAAAUCAAAAUCAAGCUGCAAACAGGAAGAACAAUAACGUCCAAGCCAACCGAUUUCUUCAAGAACAAUGGGAAGCAUAUGAUGCUUGUUACAUCCGAGAAAGAAAUGCAGGUCUCUUUACUGCUGACCAGAAACUAAAGAACAACAAUCAGGGAUACAGCUCUGCUAUCUUCACUCGUCAGAACCCAAAUGGACAGAGGAGAGGUUAUGAAUGCCCAGAGGAACGUGAUUAUUACCCUUACUGGCAUCCAACUCAAUGGAGAGAUGCAGCCAUCUUGGUUGGAGAUGUCUCUGAAUGCGAAUAUUAUCAGGCAGAGAGUUUCAAUGUUAAGGAGAAGUAUGAGUGUGUAGAAUAUUACACUAAUAAUGGUCAACGUAAACAUGCAUCACGCUACAACAAUGAGGCUGAUUGUACUGCAAAUGAUGGAGAAUGGCUGCCAUUUGUCAACUACCUAGAAAAAGCACCUGGGAACCUAAACACAGAGCAAGCUUGCAAUGCAGCCAGUGGUAAUGGAGUGACUUAUGUCUGGGGUCGGCCUUGGAACGGUCAAGAUGAAGAAUGCCUGGUGGCACUGCAGGCUCCCGAUUGCCAACAAGCUCCUUGGACGAGAGUGAAUCACAAUGGAAACACCCGUGGUGGAGAAGCUAGCCGUUAUACCAUGACUCUUCCUUACUUUCCUUCUCAGAAUACAAUGAGAUGUGCCAUGAGAUUACGAUACAAUAUUUCUACUGAUGAUUAUGAUCCAUGGAACACAACAUCUGCACAAAACCAGGACACUGCCAAUAACGUGCAGUCUCCAGUACAGCAGAACCCUUAUGUAAAUAUUGGAGCUGAUAAUACUCCUCUUCGUCUUGCAAUCAACACAGCUCAGUUUGGUAGGGUAUUCCAAGAUAGAUCUCAUGCAUUCAAGGUCAUGCCUCGUCCACAGACUGCAGAAAUACAAGCUGCUAAGAUCUACAAUUUGAAUGUACGAGGGAAGAGAGGCAACAUCGUUCAGACAUACCCAGCUGUGGAGUAUGAUUUCAUGCCAAAUAGAUUAGAAAUCACUCCAGAAGACAUGGUACAUAUACAGUGGACGGGUUCUAAUCGUCAUAACAACAAUGCUCCAGGAGGAGACGGACAAACAGGCGAUGCGGGAGAAGGCCAAGGAGGAACGGAUCGCAGUAACUUUGUUCAGAUGAGUAAUACCAUGGAGAAUUAUCCCACCCCAUUCAACGAUGCUAACAGUAUGUUUGCAGAUGCUGAGGUUCAUUGGAUCUACUUUACUAACAAUCCUAGCCAAGUCACUCCUGAAGAUCUGGCUAUCAACAUGGCUAGCUCUGGUUACUAUGAGUGUAAGAACCAGAAUGUCUGCGGUGCUCAGUCUGUGCAACAGAAGAAUGAAAUGAAUAACCUUCUAAACAACGCCCCACCCUCGUACGAAGGAGCCCUCAUUCAGUUUCCUGCUGGCGAGCACAAAUACAUGAGCACACGUAAUAACAAUUUCAGCAAUCGGUCACAAAAGGGUAUGCUGAAAGUGGGCGCACCUACAGCAGCAUAGACUACACUUUAAUCUAAUUCAGUUUCAGAGUGUUUGUUUAUCAAGCGCUGCAAAUUGUGACCACCUCGAAACCAACAAUAAGUUGCCAGGCAGGAUUCCCUGUAAUGAGCCAAAAUAGUCAUUUAGUCUUUGAAAAUCAUAUUUUAGAAAAUAAGCUUAUUUAAAAUAGUAACUCAUCUUCUCCGUAUUGUCAAAAUCUCAAGUCGUAAACUGGAGAAAAAAAGUUACAAAUGUGGACCAUUAUCCUCAAAACUGCUGGAAGUUUAAUCCAGCUUGCACAGCACUUUACUUGUCAUGUAAUAAGUAAACCCCAAACUUCAAACCUUGUUUUUCCAUAUUCAAAGAAGUUUAAUGAAUGUCCUGUAUAUUAUAAAGUCAAGUAUUUAUUGUUGAUCAACUGUCACAAAUCUGCCUUUUUUAAACUUAAUCAAAAAUCUAUAAAUUUUUGUAAGCAGAGUUAAUUUACUUUUUUGGGGGCGUACUGUCACAGUUAUUCAUUGUUGUAUUACAUGUUUGUAUCUGACUUGAGAGGGCAUAUUCCUGAGUCAAUGCUCUCUUAAUGACCAUGGUUCAUCAUCCACACACAAUUUCAUCUGAACAGACUGGAAGUUAUAUUUAAGAAAUGAUGAAAAAUUUACUUGAACAUUUAUAAUUACUAGUAAAUCAAUUAUAAUAUGUUUUUAACUUUGGACUUCAUGGAAGACUCACCAAAAGAAAACACAAAGUUGUGAAAAUAUUAUGAAGACCAUUGAGUAUGUAAUGAUAUAUAUAUUUUUUUAAAUAAAUAAUGACUCGAAUGCAUUGAAUGCCAAUUCCAGUAACCAAUAAUUUUGGAAUAUACAUAUUUAUAUAAAUGACAUAUACAGAAUUCCUACUUCAGACAAUUUUGUGGCAAAAUAUUCAGCGGAAAGGGUAAGCCAACGGUUAAGACAAACUUUUUUAUUUGCCACGAUGUCUUCUGAUACUGUUUUCUCCCAUUUCUGUAUUGAUAGGAGUCAUUCUCUUGAUACCACCAUAAAGGGUGCUUAAUUACUUACAUUACUAUUAUCAGGGCCCUAACGUCCUCAGAUAUCUAGGGAAGAAUAUGAUUUUUCUUGCUUAUGACAUUUACAAUAGUUCUUAGAUUUCCUAAGAAAAAUUCAUUGCCGUUUUUGUCAUUUAUGCAAAUUUAUUUUAAACAUACACUAACAAUUUUUAAUUCAUUGAUUUUGUACAACAUCAUUUGAUGCUAAUAUACAUAUAUGAAUUAAAAAAAUAAAAGUUGCCUUUAAGUUAUAUCUAGGCAUCUAUAUGUUUUAAGAAUCAAUAGCUCAUGUAUAUUUUUGAAUGAUUGAAAAAUGUCUUUCAGUAAUACUGGGACAUACGAUCCCUUUCAGUACUAAAAAUCUUUAUGAAUCUGUGAAACAUUACCUUUUGAAAGGAUAUUUUCAAUUUCUAUGUUUAUUCAUUUCAUUUCAGGAUACCAUCGUUGUCAAAGUUGAUUUAGGAAUACAUAUUAAUUUUCUGAUAUUUGAUAACUUGAUGUCAUCUGAACAGUUAUUCAGUUGCGAAUUUGUUGUAAUAUGAAACCUAUUAUCAUAACUAAGACAAAUGGAUCGUAGGAGCAAGUCAUUUCAAGCCUGUAUUGUCAUUUUGAUAAAACAACAGAUAUUCAUGCCUCCUAAUCCCUUUGUUAUCCCUCGUCUUAACUUAAGAUUUUUGCAUUGAGAAUAUACACAAGGAGAAAAAGAACAGUUUCCCAUGAAAUUAUAAUUUUUCCUUUUUGCUGUCAUGCUUAGUCCAUUUUAAGCCCCAGUAUUCACUGGGUGUCCCUAGCCUGGCUCCCUACUACAGGCAUCCUAAGGUUACUAGCUAGAUAGCAGCAUAUCUGAAAACUUGGAUGAAAAUGUUCAUAACUUGUGCCUUUUUUUUCUUAAUUAUUUCUGAUGAAGUGAUGAGGAAUGAUACAGGUUGAAGGGAUAUAAAAACAAAUAUACAAUGGCCCAUUCUGGAACAAGCUGAAACUAUUCAUACUCAUCAAUAUUAUCAUUCUCCCGAGGCCCUCGGAGGAGGGUCCUAUUGAUGUUCCUUCAAUGUGAAUAGUUUUAGUCAGAUCCUUGAGCUUCAUGGUAUAUUUGUGCAAUAUGUUAUAGAUGUACAUACAUGUAUAUUAUAAAAUCUUAGUUUUUAUAUAUAUAUAUACAGAGCUGCCAAGUAGUACGAUUUUUCCGUAUUUAGUACGUUUUUGCAACCAAAAUACGGCAGUACGUUUUUUCUUUAAAAAAUACGUUUUUUGUAUUUUGAAAAAAAAAAAAAAAAAAAAAAUAUUUUUUUUUUUUUUUUUUUUUUUUUACAAAAUCGAAAUUUAUUGAGAAAAAUCAUCUCUAUAUGUCUCUAUUUCAUGAAACGUACACAAAUAUGGUUAUUAGAUCAAUGUAAUUUCAGGUAACUUGUUUUUUUUUCAAUCAUUUUGUAAAAACCAGGGUGAGAUAUACACAAGUUUCAAUGUUUUGUUUUUUUUCAUCUGCAAGAGCAGUGCACAUUUUAGCUUGCAUGCAGCUUGAGCGCCGUGAUGGGCAAGUGCGCCAAGCAUUUUAUUAUGAAAUACACUUUUUUGGGGAAAAAUACAAAAUAUUUAUCUCACACGGUAAAAAUACUGAUUUUUUUGUCAAAAUACUGAUUUUGGGAGAUAAGAAUACUGAAAAUGCAAGAUACAACUUGGCAGCUCUGUAUAUAUAUCAUCCUUUUUAUAUCGAAUUUAUACCAUUGUCGUUUUCAACCGGUGUUUUAUAAUAGAAUUACUUACCUCUGAUUAACGUGUGUGAUUUAAAGAGAAAAGUUAUUCUGAUGUAUAUCAGUGGCAUUAUGGGUAAUACUAGCAAAUGGUUGAUGUUAAUGAUAGAUCUCAAGAAAUACAUUACUUGAGUUAUUAUGUAUUAUUCUAAGUGCACCUCUCACAUACAAAUGACAUUAAUAUUACAACUCUGAUUUUGUCUCAUUUUUACAGGGCAGCAACAGGGUAUGGGGUACAGGGAUGACCCCCCCCCCCCUCUAUGUUAAAAAUUAGGAAAAAGAGAGAGAUGGAAGAGAAAUAUAUAAGGGAAAUUAAAUAAACCAGAAAAAUGAAGAGAAGGCUGGUUUUUAGAGAGCAAACUGAAGUCACAUCUUGAUCAUUUUCUACAAUGUUUAAAAUACAUGUCAUACCAAUUACCAUAUAUAUCUUUCUCUUUCUAGUUCCUUUCGGUAAUUGAUAGUAUAAUCUAGUAGAUUGCUUCCAUGGGCAAUUGAUUGCUACCUCUGUUGAAUUAAUCUCACAAAAAAAUCAAUCGCUGAUUAAAAAAAGUCAUUCAGUAAUGAGAAUUUCUUGGUUUACUCCCAAGGGGUAUACCAUAUGUCUGUUUUUGUAUUUUUCUUUGUCAGAUAGGUUAACAUACACACGUCUGCCGGUACAGACGCAUAAUGUAUACACUAUGAAAUUUGGAAGCGGUGGAUCAUAAAUACAUUUUUCAUUAUCACAA